AUGCGUCGCGCCACCGGCUGCCCUCUGAGCCAGAUCUGCAUCCCCCCUCCGGCCGUGCUGGUGAGGAGCUUCCCGGUGAGCUCCAGCCUGGAUCCCUGCGGCACCACCGGCAGCUUCCCGGGCCUCCCUCGCCGCCGCGGCCCCUGCUGCUACCCCGGCGCCACCACCUACGUCAGCCUGGGCAGCCUGGGCAGCCUGGCCCAGGCCACCAAGCCCUGCGGCCUCGUGGCCACCUUGAGUGGCCCCCCGUGCGACCAGGACGUGGUUGGGUGCUCCACGAGGUUCUGCAGGAACCCCUGCUGCUGCUGCCGGGUGACCGAGAGCUGCAGCAGGAGCCGGGACUGCUGCCAGGAGGUGGCCCAGUGCUCCACGGGCACGUGCCAGGAUCUGUGCUGCCAGGAGGUCACCAAGUGCGUCACAACGUGUCAGGAUCCGUGUUAUAAGGAGGUCACCACGUGCACAACCACGUGUCAGGAUCCAUGUUAUAAGGAGGUCACCAAGUGCACAACCACGUGUCAGGAUCCAUGUUAUAAGGAGGUCACCACAUGCACCACCACAUGCCAAGAUCCGUGUUGUCAAGAGGUCACCACAUGCACAACGACGUGUCAGGAUCCGUGCUGCCAGGAGGUCACCAAGCGCGUUACCACGUGUCAAGAUCCAUGUUAUAAGGAGGUCACCAAGUGCGCCACCACGUGUCAAGAUCCAUGUUGUCAAGAGGUGACCAAGUGUGUCACCACAUGCCAGGAUCCCUGCUGCCAGGAGGUCACCAAGUGUGUCACCACGUGUCAGAAUCCAUGUUAUAAGGAGGUCGCCAAGUGCACAACCACGUGUCAGGAUCCGUGUUAUAAGGAGGUCACCAAGUGUGUCACCACGUGUCAGGAUCCGUGCUGUCAGGAGGUCACCAAGUGCACCACAACGUGCCAGGAUCCGUGUUGUAAGGAGGUCACCACAUGCACCACAACGUGCCAAGAUCCCUGUUGUAAGGAGGUCACCAAGUGUGUCACCACGUGCCAAGAUCCGUGUUGCAAAGAAGUGACCAGGUGCACCACCACAUGUGUGGAUCCCUGCUGCCAGGAGGUCACCAAAUGCGUCACCACGUGCCAAGAUCCCUGCUCCAAGGAGGUGACCACGUGCACCACAACAUGUAAGGAGGUCACCAAGUACACAACCACGUGCCAGGAUCCGUGUUGUCGGGAGGUCACCAAAUGCGUCACCACAUGCCAAGAUCCAUGUUGUAAGGAGGUGACCACAUGCGCCACCACGUGUGUGGAUCCGUGUUGCAAGGAGGUCACCAAGUGUGUCACCACAUGCCAGGAUCCCUGCUGCAAGGAGGUCACCAAGUGUGUCACCACGUGCCAAGAUCCGUGUUGCAAGGAAGUGACCACAUGUACCACGUGUGUGGACCCGUGCUGCCAGGAGGUCACCAGGUGUGUCACCACAUGUGUGGAUCCGUGCUACAAGAAGGUGUCCAAGAGCUCCACCCCGUGCCAAGAUCCGUGCUGUGUGACCAGGUGUGACCCCAGGUGUGUGGACACGUGUUGUCAGGAGGUCACCAAGUGCAGAACCAGGUGUGUGGACCCGUGCUGCCAGGAGGUCACCAAAUGUGUCACCAGAUGUGUGGAUCCGUGUUGCAAGGAGGUCACCAAGUGCACCACCAGAUGUGUUGACCCAUGCUGCAGGGAGGUCACCAAAUGUGUCACCAGAUGUGUGGAUCCGUGUUGCAAGGAGGUCACCAAGUGCACCACCACGUGUGUGGAUCCCUGCUGCCAGGAGGUCACCAAGCGCAUCACCACGUGCCAGGAUCCCUGCUGUGUCGCCAGAUGUGCCACCAGGUGUGUGGACCCCUGCUGCCAGGGGGUGGCCAGGUGCCAAGAUCCCUGCUGUGCCACCAGAUGUGCCACCAGGUGUGUGGACCCCUGCUGCCAGGGAGUGACCUCGUGCCAAAGUUCUUGCUGCCAGGGGAGUGACCACCUGCACCACCACCUGCCAGGACCCUUGUUGCCAGGGAGUGACCACUUGCCAAGAUUCCUGCUGCCAGGGAGUGACCAGGGAAGUGACCACCUGCACCACCAGCUGCCAGGGAGUGACCACUGGCCGAAAUUCCUGCUGCCAAGGAGUUACCUCGUGCCAAAAUUCCUGCUGCCAGGGAGUGACCACCUGCCAAGGUUCCUGCUGCCAGGGAGUGACCAGGUGCCAAACCCCUGCUGCCAGGGAGUGACCACCUGCACCACCACCUGCCAGGACACCUGCUGCCAAGGAAGUGACCACCUGCCAAAACCCCUGCGGCCAGGGAUUGACCACCUGCACCACCACCUGCCAGGACCCUUGUUGCCAGGGAGUGACCACUUGCCAAGAUUCCUGCUGCCAGGGAGUGACCAGGUGCCAAAACUCCUGCUGCCAAGGAGUGACCACCUGCACCACCACCUGCCAGGACCCUUGCUGCCAGGGAGUGACCACCUGCACCACCACCUGUCAAGACCCCUGCUGCCAAGGGGUGACCUCGUGCCAAGAUUCCUGCUGCCAGGGAGUGACCACUUGCCAAGACCCUUGCUGCCAGGUAGUGACCACCUGCCAAAAUUCCUGUGGCCAGGGAGUGACCACCUGCACCACCACCUGCCAGGACCCUUGCUGCCAAGGAGUGACCACCUGCACCACCACCUGCCAGGAUCCCUGCUGCCAGGGACUGACCUCAUGCCAAAACCAGUGUGGCCAGGGAGUGACCACCUGCACCACGACCUGCCAAGACCCCUGCGGCCAGGGAGUGACCACCUGCACCACCAGCUGCCAGGGAGUGACCUCAUGCCAAGACCCCUGCUGCCAGGGAGUGCCCACCACGUGCCCAGCCCCGUGCUGUGUCCCCAGCCGUGCCACCUCUCAGUCCCGCAGGGGUGUCCAGGUUGUCACCAGGUGCGCCGACUCCUGUCCCACCACCUGUGUCACCCAGACCUGCCCCGUGUGCGGCCAGCGCUGCUCCGUCUCGGGCUGCCCAAAAUUCCGGGCUCGCUGAGGGGCUCCAGGGAGGGUUUGGGGAGGGUUUGGCGGAGCAAAUCCCGCUCGGAAUGCGGGCGGGAGGAGCGGGGGUGGCGGCAGACGGGGCGCGACCGUCUGGGAGCCGCCACCGGCUCCUCUGAAGAUGCCCCAAGGCCCGAGGUUGGUGACAACCUGCGAGCUCCUCCCUCGGAGCUCCUCUGA